AUGCACGCAGAGUAUAAAGUUGAAGGAUUAAUAGAAGCGGUAUUCGAUAGCGUGAGAGGAAGAAAUCCUUAUUACAUGCAAUUGAUACUGCGAAUUGCGACGUGGCUUUCAGCCAAGCUGUUAGUUCUUUUGAGGCCACUUUUUUGGUACCGCGAUUGCAUAAAACCGGCAAGUAUUCCGCCGUCUACAGACUCAUUGUUUGAUCUCACUGCUUGCGAAUUGGCUAAAAAAAUAAGAUUAGGACAAAUAUCAAGUGAGUCCGUAGUAGAAGCGUACAUCGAGAGAAUAAAAGAAGUAAACCCUUAUCUUAACGCGGUAGUAGAUGACCGAUUUGAAGAUGCUUUACGCGAAGCCCGACACUGUGACAAAAUGCUUGAGGCGGGGGUUGUUACACCAAUGCAGCUUCAAUUGGAAAAACCUUUCUACGGUGUCCCAUUCACUGUUAAAGAAAGCUGCGGACUCAAAGGGCUUAGUUACACGGGAUGUACUUUAGUGCGUUCCGGAAUCAAGGCCGAUGACGACAGUCUUAUUGUCAAAAGUAUGCGCAAGGCUGGCGCUAUUCCUCUUUGUGCUACGAAUACGCCGGAAUUGUGUUCUGGAUUUGAGUGUACCAAUCCACUUUAUGGCCUAACUGUUAAUCCUUAUGAUGGAAGACAUUCUGCUGGAGGAUCUUCUGGUGGCGAGGGUGCCUUGUUGGGUGCUGGAGCGUCUGUUAUUGGUGUGGGAUCAGAUAUUGGUGGAUCAAUAAGAAUACCUGCGCAAUUUAAUGGUAUUUUUGGACACAAACCAACUCCUGGUCCAAUGACUAGAUUUGCAGAGGAUCUUCAUAUGGCUGUGAAAGUAAUGUCUGUGGACUGUAAGACAAAUUUACGCCUUAAUGAAUCGGUAAACAUUUCAAAACUCAAUGUUUACUACUUGGAAGACAUCGAAAACAAUUAUGGUAUUCCUCCUGUUGAUGAAGACAUCAGAAAGUCGAUUCGAGAUGCUGCUAAGCAUUUUGAAAGUUGUGGUGCAAAAAUUACCAAGCCUGUAAUUGAAGAGUUAAGCGAUGCUUGUGAGAUUGGAAUAACGAAACUUUUUUCAAUGAGUAUUAUACCACCAAUUUUGAUGCAUCCAACUGACCCCAAAGGAAAAGUAAAUCCAUUUUUGGAAUUGUUAAAAGCAACAGUAGGCUGUUCAUCGUAUUCUAAAUCUGCGAUAUUUAUGGCCAUGGUUAAAGAAAUCCAUGGAUUUGUUCCUGAAUCUCAAUUUCCAACGUAUGAAGAAAAGUUUAAACAAUUGCAAAAGAAACUUUUGGAAAUUUUGGAUGAAAAUUCCGUGCUAUUCUUCCCAACAUUCAUAAGCCCAGCCCCACCAGUAGGCCAAUGCGUUUUUCUAACAAUCUCUGGUGUAUUUAGCGUUCUUUGCAAUAUUCUUGGACUACCAUCGACUCAAGUACCAAUGGGCUUAAAUAAACAGGGCUUACCAAUAGGAUUUCAGGUGAUUGCAGCACCUCAUCAAGACAGACUGGGCUUAGCAGUAGCGAAAGAAUUGGAAAAAGCAUUUGGGGGCUGGAUUCCACCAACAAAACCACUUUUUUGGUACCGCGACUGCAUAAAACCGGCAAGUAUUCCGCCGUCUAAAGACUCAUUGUUUGAUCUCACUGCUUGCGAAUUGGCUAAAAAAAUAAGAUUAGGACAAAUAUCAAGUGAGUCCGUAGUAGAAGCGUACAUCGAGAGAAUAAAAGAAGUAAACCCUUAUCUUAACGCGGUAAUAGAUGACCGAUUUGAAGAUGCUUUACGCGAAGCCCGACACUGUGACAAAAUGCUUGAGGCGGGGGUUGUUACACCAAUGCAGCUUCAAUUGGAAAAACCUUUCUACGGUGUCCCAUUCACUGUUAAAGAAAGCUGCAGUCUCAAAGGGCUUAGUUACACAGCAGGUACAUUAGCUCUUUCCGGUGUCAAGGCUGAUGAAGACAGUGUAGUUGUCAAAAAUAUGCGCGAGGCUGGUGCUAUUCCUCUUUGUGUUACAAAUACGCCGGAAUUGUGUUAUGGUUUUGAGUGUACCAAUCCACUUUACGGCACUACUGUUAAUCCCUAUAAUUCAUUUAGUUUUUAUUUAGGAAUAGUUCCAAUGGAAGAAUAUUUUCCGACAGUAGAAGGCAAUGGAUUUUCUCAGUAUGGAACGUUUGGGCCAAUGACCAGAUUUGCAGAGGAUCUUCACAUGGCAGUCAAAGUGAUGACGAAAAAUUGCAAGACUAAUUUGCGUCUUGAUGAACCGGUUGACGUCAAAAAACUCCAUGUUUAUUACUUGGAAGAUAUUGAAAAUAAUUUCGGUGUUUCUUCUGUAGAUGAAGAUAUCAGACAAUCUAUUCGACUUGCUGCUAAAUAUUUUGAGUCUUGCGGUGCGAAGAUAAGCAAGCCAGUUAUUGAAGAGUUGAGCGACGGUUGUGAGAUAGGAGCAGUAAAACUCUUCUCUUGGAAUAGUUUACCUCCUAUUUUAACGCAUCCCGAUGAUCCAAAAAUAAGAGUAAAUCCGUUUUUAGAAUCCAUAAAAGCGAUGCUUGGGUGUUCAUCACAUUCAAUUUCAUCUAUUUUUGUGGCGAUUGUUAGAGAAAUGAAUGGAUUUGUACCUGAAUCUCGAUUUCCGCUGUACGAAGAAAAAUAUGAAACAUUGCAAAAAAAGCUUUUGAUUAUAGAUAGUUAUUCUAGAGUUUCAAAGAAGAAAUGA